AUGCUGACGAGUCGCUGCUGCCAGCUGGGCCACAUCGUUGAGGACUUUCCGGUGUCCGUCCGCAGCUCAGUCAGCCUCCCGAAGAUCGAUUCCAAGCUGCCGCUCCAGCCUCGGCAACAGAAGCCCGGCACUGAGAUGAACUUUCGCCGCUCGGCCGCUUUGGCCUUGGUCGCCGCCAUAGUGGCUCCAAAGCGGGCGAGGGCCAGGUGUACAAACAUCGAUGAGUGCCGCGAAAUUGGAGAUCGGCGCAGCGACGAGCUCGAGGCCGCCAAGGGCGCCCUCGUGGACUUGGGCCAAGGCUUGCGCUACCGCGAGGCGCGAGUCGGCACGGGAGCAGAAGUGCGGGAGGACAGCAUCGUGGAGGUGCGCGCCACGGUGGGGGACUACAUCUACAGCUACGGCCGCGGGCGGCCCGAUAUGCCGAAGAGCGACUUCGGGGAGCUCCCGAAGGCUCAGCAGCUGGAAGUGAAGUCGAGUGGGCUGAAAGCCACGGAUAAGCUGAACCGCUGGCUGACGGUUCAACUUGCAAGGUUUCAGCAGAUCUGCCACACGGCCAGCAAGAACGGAGCAGACAGCGCCCGCUGCAGCAUCAGCGAGGUGGACCUGCAAGGCUUUAGCUUGCAGGAGGUUUGCGACAAGCUGAAGCACAAGCUCAGCAGUCUGGGUCUUGCAGAGCUGUCGGUGCUUUGCUCCAUGGGCGUCGUCACCCUCCACGCCUCCUGGGCCGGCGUGAAGCCAACACCUGAGGAUCAGGCGAGGGACAUGCCCAGGAUUUGGUGUUAUCCUCGCACCUUCUCUUCGUUGCGGAGCCAGGUCUAG